CAGCUGCUAUGCGCUGCGUCCGUCCGCUAAACAGAAGCUAGUCGGAUGACACACAGAUGGAUGUUUUAUUUAAGAUUUUAUGAACACACAAAGUUAAAAGCUAUUUAUUUUUCCUUGACACAUAUCGUGUGAAGCCAUGACAGCCAUAAAAGACGGAGAGUACACGGCUACAAUCUACAAACUGAUUAAAGAUGGCCAGUAUGUGGAAGCAAUUCACAUCCUCAACGGCCAACUGCAAAAACACACCAAGUCCAGGGCGGCACUGUCGCUGUUGGGUUACUGCUACUACCAUAUCCAGGAUUUCACCAACUCUGCAGAGUGCUACGAGCAGCUCACCCAGCUGCACCCGGAGGUGGAGGAGUACAAGGUGUACUACGCUCAGUCCCUUUACAAAGCUGGUGCUUAUCCUGAGGCCACAAAGGCCUCCUUCGUGCUCGACAACCCCAGCAGUCAUCUCAAGAUGGUCAAGCUGCAGGCUUGUAUCAAAUAUUGUGAGGAAGAUUACUCUGCUGCCAAGUCGCUGCUGGAGCAGCUGCCCCAGGAAGACCCAGACUACGUCUACAACAUGGGCUGUUUGCUUUACCAGGAUGGCAAGUAUGAGGAGGCCUGCAAGAAGUUCAUGUCUGCCAUGCAAGUGCUGGGAUACGUGCCAGCGCUGUCAUACAACAUCUCCCUGUGUUACUACAGCCUGAAGAACUACGCUCAGGCCCUGAAAUACAUUGGGGAGAUCAUCGAGCGAGGCAUCAGGGAACAUCCAGAGCUGAGCGUCGGGAUGACGACUGAGGGCAUCGAUGUUCACAGCGUGGGCAACACGCUGGUGCUGCACCAGACAGCCCUGAUCGAAGCCUUCAACCUCAAAGCUGCCAUUGAGUACCAGCUGAAGAACUUAAAAGGAGCUCAGGAGGCUUUGACAGACAUGCCUCCCCGAUCAGAGGAGGAGCUGGACCCAGUGACACUCCACAACCAGGCUCUGGUGAACAUGGACACGAAGCCGUCGGAGGGUUUUGAGAAGCUGGCCUUCCUGCUGCAGCAGCCCUCCUUCCCCCCCGUCACCUUUGGAAACCUGCUGCUGCUCUACUGCAAACACGAGUACUUUGACCUGGCAGCUGACGUCCUGGCAGAGAACGCACAUCUCACUUACAAGUUCCUCUCACCUUACAUGUAUGAGUUUCUUGAUGCCUUGUUGACCUGCCAGACAGCACCAGAGGAGGCUUUUAGGAAGUUUGACGAGAUGAACGGCAAACUGACAGAGCAAUUACGCAAGCUGGCCAAGCAGCUGCAGGAAGCCAGGCUGGCUCGAGACGAUGAAGUCCAGAAGAAAGCUCUGCAGGACUACGACCUGAUGCAGGAGAAGUACAUCGUGGUCCUGAUGGCUCAAGCCAAGAUCUACUGGAACCGGGAGAACUUCCAGAUGGUGGAGAAGAUUUUCCGUAAGUCUGUGGAGGUCUGUAACGAGGACGACACCUGGAAGCUGAACGUCGCCCACGUGCUCUUCAUGCAGAACAAGUACAAGGAGGCCAUCGGCUUCUACGAGCCCAUCGUCAAGAAGCACUACGAUAACAUCCUGAAUGUGAGCGCUGUGGUCCUGGCCAACCUGUGUGUGUCCUACAUCCUGACCAGCCAGAAUGAGGAGGCUGAAGAGCUGAUGAGGAAGAUCGAGAAAGAAGAGGAGCAGAUUUCUUACGACGACCCCGACAAGAAAGUCUUCCACCUCUGCAUCGUGAACCUGGUCAUUGGGACACUGUACUGCGCAAAGGGAAACUACGACUUUGGCAUCUCUCGAGUCAUCAAGAGCCUGGAGCCGUACAACAAGAAGCUGGGGACGGACACAUGGUUCUACGCCAAGCGCUGUUUCCUCUCCCUGCUGGAGAACAUGUCCAAACACAUGGUCAUGCUGAGGGAUGCUGUGGUACAGGAGUGUAUCCAGUUCCUGGAGCACUGCGAGGCGUACGGCUCAGAGGUCACCGCCAUCAUCGAGCAGCCACUGGAGGAGACCCGCACUCACAUCGGUAAGAACACUGUCACCUACGAGGCUCGGCUGCUCAAGGCGCUUUUCUACGAGGUCAUCGGCUGGAAUAAGUGACGUCAUCAUACGACAGAACUCGACCGGACUCAAGAGACGGUCAGAACACAUGAUAAGGCCCGCUGUGCAAGCUUUAUAUUUCUGGGAAUUCAAACUAUUUCCAGGCCAUGACUUCCUUCAGGCAGCUGUUGGACUCACUCCGUCUUUCUCUGUGACACACACACACACACACACACACACACACACACACAGUAGAGACAGCUUUAAUUCUGAAGUUGAGCUUGGGAAGUUUUGGCAGAAAGAUCCAACUGAUGUUACAUAAUCAGUUUGUGUUCCUUCUCACUUUAUGGCCUCUUGCUCCACUUCACAGACUCUUACAGCCAGAGAUGAUUUUACAUUUAUUAUCAGUGCUACUUCUAUUGUAGAGGAUAGCUUGUGUAGAAAUACAGCCUACAGACUUUGUUUUAUUGGUUGACAUGAAAUACAUGAUAACAUUUUGUAUGUAAGUUCAUCUACAGACAUUCAUAGUUCAUGCAUAAAUCCUCUUUGGUCAGUGCUGGUUGUACAGCUACCUUCUGUCCCUUUUUAUUCAGUACAUAAACAUAAUAUAAAAUAAAGAUGUUAUUUUUUGAAAGAAAAA